ACUCGCAAGGGCGCGGGCAAGCGCGGCACCUGGCUCGCAAGGACUGCUUAGCUAUCGAUAAAAAUAUCCGCUGGCAAAGAAUCCUUGCUCGCUGAGCAUCCGUGCGGCAGCCAAGCACUCGGCGCACUGCACGCGCUGUGCCACUGCCCGCGCGACGCAUCGAAGCGGCAACGGAGGGCCGCUGCCGGAGCGCCCCAAUCGAACCGCUCCCAGCAGCACCGAUGCGCCUCUUGGCAAUCCUCGCGGGCCUCGCGGCGGCCGCCGCGAAGCCGACUGCGAGGACGAAGCGGAAGCCCGGACUACUAAUAGUGGGCCUCGGCGGCAACAACGGCGCGACCGUAUUGGCGGGACUCCACGCUAAUAACAUGAAGCUGACCUGGGAGGGCGCCAAGAAAAAAUGCACGGCGGACUAUACGGGCUGCAUCACGCAGACGCGGGCCAUGCGACGAAAAGGUCUGGCGCCCUUUAAACGCGCCGCGGUUGGCGGGUGGGAUAUCCGACCAACACCCAUAGGCCAAGCGCUGCGCGAGGCGCGCAUCCUGGACUUUGAUCUCGUGAGGCAGCUGUCAGACACUUUAGAUAGCGUCGAGGUCAUGCCCGGGGUGUAUGAUGCGCGUUUCGUCGGCGAGUCCCAACGGGCAACGGCGACGCAUAUCAAAAAUCUCCCGGACGCUCGGAGUAAAGUAAACGCCUUGCGGGAAGACAUUCGCGCGUUUAAAGCACACAACAGUGUGGACGGCCACUGUACCGUGAUAUAUUCCGGAAGCGUGGAGGCGCCAUCCUUGCUACCUUCAUAUGAGACCUCCGAAGAGCUCCUAGAAGCCCUCUCUUCUGAACAAGGAGACGACUUCGCUCCUUCGCUACUCUAUGCCAUCGCCGCGUGCCUCGAAGGCUGCUCGUUCGUCAACGCCGCGUCGCAAGACACGGUCUGCCCUGGAUUAUGUGAGCUAGCUGAAAAAAAUGGCGCCUACUGCCUCGGCACGGACUUCAAGGCCGGUCAAACAAAAUUCAAAACGCAAGUGGUCGAGUACUUGGAGAACCUCGCCUUCAACGUCAAGGUCGUGGCCUCGUCGAACCACCUGGGCAACAACGACAUGCGCAACCUUGCCCUCGGUUCGGCUACUCAAGAAAAGACUAGAAAGGCGAAACUCCGGGUCAAGUCGCAGAUCUUCAGCUCGGACAUCGACCACCACGUCUCGGUGCAGUAUACGCCAUUUAUCGGCGACGAGAAGCGCGACUACGUCGAGUACACGUCGGAAGCUUUUCUAUCUCAAUUACAUACCAUGGCGACGUACACGAGGUGUUCCGAUUCUGUUUUAUGUGCGCCUUUGUAUAUCGACGUCUGUUGUCUGCUCGACUACUUCUCUCGUAAAAAAGUGUCUCCCUCAACAGUUGCGGCGGCGACGGCUUAUCUCUUCAAGGUGCCCGAGGGUCGGGCUGGUCCACUCGUAGGCUUCUCGGAGCAGCUGCGGGCGCUGGAACGGGCAUUGGACGGUCAUGACGACGUCCAGGCGGUCAUUCCACAAAAAAAUGAUGAGAAGCGUGUCGUCUGCUGCGGCCUCGCGUGUCUGGAUAUGGAGUUGUCUGGAGCGCAGGACUUGGGACGGGAAGCGAUCAACGCGUUUGGCGAGGCGUCGUCGCGAGCGGGCGGCGCCGCGCCGCAGACCGCGUCCUGCCUCGCGGACCACGGCGUUCCUACGAUCGUCGUCGCGGCGCUAGGUGACGACCAACAGGGCGACGAGUUGCGAGCUUUGUUGACCGAGCGCGGUAUUAGUGUGGACGAGACUUUAUCUGAUGGGAGGACCGGCCUCGCUGUGGUCCCCGUGUUCGCAAAUGGGCGGGGCUGCUACUUCGCGGCGGGCGCGAACGACGCCUUCGACGCCAGGACACUGUUAGAUGGCGUGGCGCGGGUCGAAUCGGUCGCGGCGGUCCUUAUAGGUUAUCCCCAUUUGCUGCCUUCGCUACGAGGUCAGGCUUUAGGCGACGCCAUCGAGCAAAUAGAUUCGAUUGUUGGUGUGGACCUGAAUGGCGUGCAGCCGACGCACUACCUGGGCGACGGUGUUGUGGAUGCCGCUCUCUACAAAGCUGACGUCGUCCACGCGAACGCGGACGAGGCCGCUACUUUGCUGAGGUGGCCUAAAGGGUACCACUGCACGCAGCUCGCGCGGGCUCUAUGUGAUGCGACCGGGGCGGCCUGUGUCGUGGUGACGGAUGGGUCAAACGGCGCGGCGGCGGCGGUGGCGUCGGAUCCAAAUCGUUUAUCAUCGUCGUCACUCAAGUGGCCCGCGAAUGAUCUAAAAGCGGUCGCGUCGCUGCCGGGGCCGCCCGGCGUGGCGCCAAACGCGAACGGCGCGGGCGACGCGUUCUUCGCCGCGUUCGUCGCGUCGACCGCGUUGCACGACGCGACGCUCGACGAGGCGCUCGCCGCCGCGAACGAAGCCGCGCAUGCGCGCGUUUUUGAUUCGGUGCGGCGGCCGCUUGACGAGGUGGUGGCUAGUUUGCGGAGUAAUACGACUUAG